AUGACCAUCACAAUUCUCCCGGGAUCAACUCAAACCGCGCAAGCGACCAUCCGCGCCGUCCUCAACAUCAGCCCCUCGGCGAAAGUCCAAGCCAUCUACCGCAACACCUCGAAAGUCCCGGAUGAAUUCGCCUCCAAUCCUCGCUUCCGCACCGUGAAAGGCGAUAUCGAUGAUCCUUCGACGCUCGAUCUCUCUGGAACCGAUGCUCUCUUCGUGAUAACCCCUCCGCGGUUCGAUGGCGCAGAUACGUUCGAGUGCGCGAGAACGACGGCCGAAAAUGUCAAGACGGCGGUUCGGAAGGCAGGUUGUGUCAAACGGGUGGUUUAUUUGUCGAGUAUUGGGGCGCAGUGUGAGAGUGGUACGGGAGAAAUCCUGGCAAACCAUAUCUCCGAAACCGUCCUGAAAGACGCAGCACCGGAAGUUGUCUUCAUUCGAUGCGGCUAUUUCAUGGAAAAUUGGGCGACGGCCAUACCGACGGUGAAAUCGGAUCCGCCCUUUUUCCAUACCACCAUCACGCCGUUGGAGUAUGAGCUUCCGAUGAUCGCCGUGAAAGACAUCGGCCAAUCAGCCGCCACCCAGCUCCUAGGCACAAGCGCUCCUCUCCCCGAGAGUCCGUACAUCUACCAACUGCACGGACCUCAGGCCUAUAAUUCCCGGGACGUGCAGAAGACGUUUCAAGAUAUGGUAGGAAGAGAGGUUGAAGUGAGGCCAGUUGAGAAGGCGGAUCUGGGACCGUUCUUUACGCAGUUCCUCCCAGGUCCGCUUGUGCAGCCGUUUGUUGAAAUGACGCUCUCGUUUCUGGAGGGUGGGAUUGCGUUGCAGAAUGAUUUGGGGGAGGUGCCGAAUGUGCAACGAGGGAAGACGGAGUUGGGGGAGGUGAUUGGGCGAUUGUAUCGGGGGACGUGGCAAUACAAAACCUACCUCGACAGCGCAAGCCCAGACCCGUUCCAAGGUAAUCCCUCCAACAACAACAACAACCACAUCCACCAUCCAUCAAACGCAACCCCCGAAAUGACAACCCCCCCAACCCUAGUAUUCAUCCCCGGUUCCUGGCACAAGCCAACCUGCUACGACCCCGUCAUAAAACUCCUCCAAGACAACCACGAUCUGAAAUGCACCGCGAUCACACUCCCCUCCACGACGGGAAACCCCGCAGCAACAUUCAAAGAUGACGUCGAUGUCGCGCGCGCCGCCAUCGCGAAUGAAACCAGCCACGGUCGUAAUGUGGUCGUCGUGGCGCACUCGUAUGGUGGGAUGGUGGGGAAUAGCGCUAUUAGAGGGUUUGCGAAGCAGCAGCAGGAGACUCGAGAUGUUGAUGCCGAUGCCAACACCGUUGGCAUUGCCACUGGCAGCCAAACCAAACCACAAGAACAACAGCAAUCGGCAUCCACAAGAACAAACACAAACACCGACACAGAAAUGCCCAACGGCAACGUAAUCGGCCUAAUCCUCAUCGCCUCCGGCUUCACCCUAACCGGGGUAGCAUUCAUGGACCCGUUGUUCGGCUACCCCCCUCCAGGUUGGCGCGUGAACCAAGAAACUGGCUACGCCGAACUCGUGACGCCACCCCGCGAACUAUUCUACCACGACCUCUCUCCCUCCGAGGCCUCGUACUGGACAUCGCAGCUGACGACGCAGAGUCUGAAAGCGCUAUUCGAGGGCCGGGAGCACGCAUACGCGGGGUGGAAGGACGUGCCGACUUGGUAUAUCGGGACGGCCGAGGAUCGCGGGUUGCCGGUGCUGGCGCAGCGGAUGCAAAUAGGCAUGGCGAGGGAGAUGGGCGGAAGGGUGGAGCAUCGAGAGCUGAGGACGAGUCAUUCGCCGUUUCUGAGCCAGCCUGGGGCGACGGUUGGGAUUAUGGUGGAGGCUGUUGAGGCGUUUGUGAAGGAGACGGGAGGGGAGGAGGGGAUUGGGAGGAGGGAAGGUGGACGGGACGAUGUAGUGGCUGUUCGUCCGGAGGCGACGCUCUGGAGGCCUCUCUCCUUGUUGAAGUUUGGUUUGCCCCUGGUUUUGGGCCAUGUUGUAGGAAGAGCCAUGUGGACAAAAUCAUUACUCUCUCUCAACAUCCUCGCUGGUGUCGUGGUGGCCUCACCACGGUUCCCCAUCUCUAGGAGACAGGCCGAUAUCGACGCGUUUAUCGAGAAACAAACACCCAUCGCCAAGCAAGGAGUUCUCGACAAUAUCGGCGCCGAUGGAGAGCGUGUCGAAGGAGCUGCAGCGGGAAUCGUAGUCGCUUCGCCAUCGAAGGAUGACCCAGACUACUUCUACACCUGGACAAGGGAUGCAGGACUCACCAUGCUGGCGGUCAUCGAGCAGUUUCUCGCUGGUGAUGACUCCCUUGAAUCCCUGAUCCAGGAUUAUGUCGACGCCCAAGCCAAGCAGCAAACGGUGUCGAGCCCAUCUGGUGAUCUCUCCGACGGCUCGGGGUUAGGCGAGCCGAAAUUCAAUGUCGAUAUCUCGGCUUUCACCGAUUCUUGGGGUCGUCCUCAGCGUGAUGGCCCGGCUCUGCGCGUUUCCGCGUUGAUUGCAUAUGGCAACUCGCUGAUCGCCAAGGACAAGAAAUCGCAGGCGCAAGAUAACAUCUGGCCAAUCGUCCAGAACGAUCUGUCGUACGUCGGUCAGUACUGGAAUGAAAGCACCUUCGAUCUCUGGGAAGAGGUCCAAGGGUCAUCUUUCUUCACGACCGCCGCCCAACACAGGGCCUUGGUUGAGGGAAAUGCUUUCGCAGAAGCGCUGGGCCAAACCUGCGACUCCUGCUCCGUGGCACCUCAGAUCCUCUGCCAUCUCCAGGAUUUCUGGAGUGGCUCAGCGGUUAUUUCCAACAUUCCAACUAGUGGGCGCAGCGGUCUAGACGCCAACUCUCUGUUGGGCUCCAUUCACACCUUCGACCCAACCGCUGCGUGCGACGAUGUCACCUUUCAGCCUUGCUCUCCUCGUGCGUUAUCCAACCACAAGGCCGUAGUUGACUCGUUCCGGUCGAUCUACAACGUUAACGAGGAGCGGGGUGCGGGCAAAGCAGCCGCGGUGGGUCGCUAUGCGGAGGAUACCUAUCAGGGAGGAAAUCCAUGGUACCUUACCACCCUGGCAGCCGCAGAAGUGCUGUAUGACGCACUCUAUCAAUGGGACAAGCAGGGCAGCCUGUCCGUCACCGACACGUCUCUAUCCUUCUUCAAGGAUAUCGCCAGCAAUGUCACCACUGGGUCAUACUCCAAGUCAUCGGCCGAGUAUACCGCCCUCACCAACGCCGUUAAGACAUAUGCAGAUGGCUUCGUGUCGGUGGUGGAGGAGUAUACACCCAGCGAUGGCGGGUUGGCCGAGCAAUUCACCCGCGACAACGGGGAACCCACAUCGGCCACGGACUUGACAUGGUCCUUUGCGUCUUUCCUGACAGCUGCCUCGCGACGAGCCGGAGACGUCCCUGCUUCCUGGGGCUCUUCGGCAUCGGAACUGCCAAGCCAGUGCAGUGGGGAUACGGCGACAGGGAGUUAUGUGACUCCAACCCCCGGUUCAUGGUAG